UCUUUAGAUAUGUCGCAGCUGCCAUUGCUUAAUGCUUGGGCGGGGAAGCACUCGUCCAUCAGCAGUAUCAACAGCAGCGAGGGAAGUUUCAGCCUCGAUUGUGAGGAAUCUCAGAAAACCGAGCGAUUUCGUCAAAUCUUCAAGACAGUUGUGAACAAAGCAAACAAGAUGAGACAAAAUAAGGUGCAUCCAGAAGCAUUAGAAGUUCCUUUAUCUAAGAAACGAAAGAGAUUAGAUUCAUUUGCACCCAGCAGUUGUGUGGAAGAGACUGUGUUGGAAGUCAGCUUCUUCUCAAAGAAAAUCACAGUACCAAAAUGGUUGAAAAGGUUGAAAAACAUGAAGUCCAUCGAUCCAUCAGGAUCGUUCUGGCUAACCUGGCUGUUUGUCGUUUCUAUGGCGUUCGUAUACAAUGCAAUCACCAUUUUCCUACGAGGAGUGUUUGGCCACGACAAUGAUGCUAUUGACCAGAAGAAAAGUUCUAAUUUGUGGCUGGCCUUUGACCUAAUAUUUGAUUUCAUAUAUCUUCUGGACAUUUUAUUUAGGACGAGAUUACAGUUCAUUCAUGGUGGCAUGUAUGUGGAGGAUAAGAAACUGACAAGAACAAACUACUUCAAAUCAAGAAACUUCAAGUUGGAUCUGGUCUGUCUGCUACCCUUUGACCUUUUCAGUAAGGCCUUUACGGACAAAAGAUAUGUGGUGUUCAUCCGACUUCCACGUCUACUAAAAUAUCAUUGUUACAAUGAGUUUGUGAGUCGCUUUGAAAACUCAUCUAGCUUUGCCGAUGCAUUUAGGGUUGGGAAAAUGGUUAGCUACCUGCUGUACAUGAUUCAUCUCAACACGUGCUGUUACUAUGCCGUCUCCCUCUACGAAGGUCUAUCAAGUAACGAAUGGGUGUACAACGUUGAUACAAAUGCCAACCCUUACAUCCGGUGCAUGUUCCGGGCAACAAAGACACUCAUCACCAUUGGCAACCUCCCCGAGCCUGUGACAGAUCUUGAGAUCGUGUUUAUGAAUAUUGAUUUUGCAAUUGGUAUAUUUGUGUUUGCAUCGAUCAUUGGUCAGAUGCGUGAUAUCGUUGGGGCAGCAAGCGCCACCAAGGAGCGGUUCCGCCAACGAAUGGAUAACACCAUGCUACUACUACACAACUGGAAGAUACCAGAGCAUGUACAGAAGAAAGUACGUAUGUGGUACAUGUAUAAAUGGGAUAAUGGAGAACUUAUAGAUGAAGCAGAUAUUCUCUCCGGGGUUCCAUUUAAGAUGCAAACGGAUAUUGCCAUUCAUGUACAUAUGGAUACAUUGACCAAAGUGUCUCUGUUCCAGGACUGCGAUAAAAUGCUACUCAGGGAUCUGAUGCUGAAGCUAAGACCAGUUUUAUUUCUUCCGGGAAACUUCAUCUGUCGGAAAGGUGAAGUUGGUAAAGAAAUGUACAUUAUUAAAAGUGGGCAGGUCCAGGUACUUGGAGGAGGAAAGGUGCUUGCAACACUACAUGCCGGCAGUGUCUUUGGAGAAAUAAGCCUGCUAAGCCUGUCUGGUGGAAAUCGGCGCACUGCUGAUGUUUAUUCACCGGGUUAUGCUAGCCUCUUUGUCCUGGAUAAGGAAACACUUCAUGAAACGCUGGUUAACUAUCCAGAAGCUCAGGAACUGUUACAGAAUAAAGCUAAGGAAAUCCUCAGGAAAAAUGAAGAGAAUGGUGUUGGUUCAAAAAAGAAGAAGCGCGGCAAGUCAUUGAUUGCUGAAUCUAUACUCAUGGAUAAAGAAAACAACCCAAGAUUUUUCAACGCUGUUCUACAAGUGGCCCGUGAAAAUAAACUAGCGUCAACGGUCUUAAAAGGCAGCAUGUCAUCUAACGUAAGUGACCAGGAAGACGAUUGGGAGCUUGGAGAUGAAGAGGCACAGGACCAUAAGGACUCAGUUGUACAGGAUGGAACAAUCAGAACAAUCAGUGGUGGAAUGCCUAAGUGCGAAGAACCUAACGUUGUUGUCCACCAACCCCCUACAGGAAUAGCUUGUGCAGAGGAAUUGGGAAGCCAUACAGGAGACCAUACUGAAGAUAAGCGUCACACAGUAGAACAAUCUAUCGGAUGCAAGGCACCCUCCUCGGUCCAGGACCAAAUGCAACAGUCUGAAAAUGAUAAGAAAGAAGAAGAUUCCCCACCAAUUGAAAAGGAACAGUCCAAAAAAUCUAAAGAAACUAAUAGGGAAAAUUUCCAAUCUGUGGAAUUUGAAAAAUCUUAUAAGGGCAAAGAAAUCGAAAAACCGAUUUCUACUACACCUGUUAAAAAAGUGCAGUCUAUCGUCUCUGAGGAGACCGAGAAAGACGUCUUUCCAUCUUUAGCUGAACAAAUCAUUGGGACCAAAAAACUCAUGAAGAGUGACUCCACAGGUACUCAGAUUGAGAAUGAAUCGGCAGGCACUCAAGUCAAGAGCAAGUCUAGUUCAGAAUGCACUCAAGUCGUGACUCAGAUUGAAGGUAAUUCUGCAGCUAUUCAAUCUGAACGAGAUUCUGAUGCCUCAGAUUGUAUACCUUUAAGAAAAAACUCCACACACAUUGAAAUAGAAGCAUCUUUACCAGAACAAGUCGUUGCGGCCAACGGAUUUGAAAAGAGUGACCCCACAUGCACUGGAAUUGAGAAUGAGUCUGCAUGCAGUCAAACUGAACACGAGUCGAUAUAUUUUGCUCAAAAUCAAAGUAGGCCUAAUUCGGAAUGUACUCAAAUCGAGACUGAAAUUGAGAGUAAUUCUACAAGCACUCUGACUGAAAGGGAACCUGCAGCAACAGAUUGCAAACCAUUACGAAAGAGUUCUACACACAUUGAGAUUGAUGUAUCAAAAGACUUCCUAAUGACUGAAGGCAAAGAGAAUGAUGAUGUAGAGGACAACAUAAAAGAAAAUAUGACUGGAAACUACUUUUCCAUUGGUGACUAUACAGCUUCCCCUGAUACCAAAUGCUACCGAGUGAUAGAAACUGAGUUAGAAAAUCAGACAUCUGGGAUGACAGAAUGCAUUGAAGCCGACCAACGGUAAGACAUUAUUGUUCAGACUCAAAUUUUUCCGAAGUUUAUG